AUGGAAAACUUUAACGAGUAUUGGGAGUUGUUCGUUGAUAAGAAAGAUUCGAUUGCCAAAGAGAUUAUAGCCUACUACAAAACGCUGGAUGAUCGUGAGGAUGGAACAGAAUUGUCGGAACAAUGUUGCGCUUUUUUUGCAAAGAAUAUUCUAGUGAAUCCUUACCCAACGUGCCAACUGCUAAAGCUUUUAGCCAUGUCAAAGAUCCCGGGGAAAAAUAACACCAUCUACGAAAUAGCCACAUCCGCUGCCCUCAAAGCUUUUGCAGAUGAUCAACGUGCCGUCGAUCCCAGCAAAUGUUAUAGCAUUCUGGCUAACUGCCUCAUAUCAGUGAAAGCAAUCAGCAGCCUGAAGCCACAAAUGAUUCACGCCUUGGAGUUUAAGCAGAUUGACCUAGAAUGGCUAAUGUUGGCACUGUUUGCAAGGAAAAGUCUCAAACUGUUGAUCAAUCUACUUCCCGAGCUAUCUGCCCCAUUGAAACAGCAAUGGACGUGUGAUGCCUUAGAGAAAAAGCAACACUUUGUCAGCUCUUUCUUAGACUCCAAACAAAUCUAUGUGCAUCACGCAAAUUACAUUCGUUUCAUGCAACAGGUGGUUCUAGCAAACACCGCUGAAGGAUCGUUUUCAUCACUGUCCCUAGACAUUCGGCCGAUGCACGAUCAGAUCAAGGGUCGGUCUUAUCUAACGGCGUACUUGCUAGAGUUGCAACGAUGCUAUUUGCUGCAGGAUGCUCUCCAUAGCGUUGAUAAAGCCUUAUUACCCUCCUGGGACUUUUCUCAGCAUUCCACCGUGAUCGAAAUUCUUGCCAGGACGAAAAUGAAUCUGUCCGGUUGCGAUUUUUCUACCAUUUUCGAAUUGAUGGGUAAAAAUCAUUCGUUAAUUGAACAAAUCGCAGUGUCGUUGGGCGAGAAGAUACCGAUGGAAUGUUCCGAGACAAUGCAACUGAUUCAAAUACAGACUCUAAUGGUAUUGUUCAAGGCGAUAGAAAGCUCUUUUGGCUCCGAAGGGAACGAAAACAUCUCAUCAAGUAAUCUCGAUGCGCAGUUGAAGUCGCUUCUAAAGGAGACGGACCUGCAAACGUUCGUGCUAGCAAUCGAAUCGAUCGUAACGAUGCUAUUUGUCCGUUCGGAAUGUCUUAUCUCGGACGGAGGGCCGACAGCAACGGAAGGAAAAUAUUUCCUCUGCAGCCUCCCCCUGCUAGGGAUCGUGGCGACGUGCAUCAAAGCAACCAUGAUCACUAGGAAACACUCCGCCGCCUACCUCGAGGCAAGCGAACACUGGAAGCAUCGGUUUCAAACCGUUCUGGAUCAUGUCAUCGACGUUUGUUGGCGCUUAUCGCUGUUUGACGCCGAUGCUUCACUGGCGCAGGAAAACGCACCGCCAGCCACCGGUCAGCUUGACAAAAACCCGGCUCGUCAUGCGGUACAGCUUACCGACUUGCUAUCGGUUCCGAUGAUGCAGCCGAUAGAAAAUUACUGGGAGCCGUCGAAAUCAUCAUCAACGGACAGGGGUAGCUUGUUUCGUAGCGUGGAAUCAAUCAAUGGGACCGACGGCAGCAGCGCUGCCCAUCGACAGCGAUUUGGACGAUAUGGGACACUGCCGAGGCAGAAACCGGCUCGCCGUCACACCCGAUACCCGUUGACGGCAACGGGCUCGAGCAAUUCCGGUGGAAGCAACAAAGACCUGCGGCGGCAAACGUCCGAGUCGAUACCCUACGCAGUCGAUGGUGACGGAGAGGCGCAUCAUUCCGAGGCCAAAAGUGCUGCAAGUAACAGGAAAGCAUUUACCAAGCUUUUUGCCUCCCCCGAAACGCUAGCCAUCGUAUGCCUUACGAAUGAUAAACUCGACUCCGCCAAGCAAAUCAUCGAUAACCACAAUCUGCAUGAACUACCGGUGGGCAGACUGGUGCAGCGGAUUGAACAGAUGCAAUCUCUGAGCAGUAAUCUCGCCGCGUUGGUGCAGAAGCAUGAGCGCCGGGAACAGGAAUCGAAGCAGGCCACCGAAGGUAGAAGCGACACGCUGCUGGACGACAUCCGGUCGAAAACGGCCUUUGGAUUCGAGAUUUCGAAGGUACUGAGUACGGUCGAAACGUUCCUCAAGUCGCAGUCCGCUGGAGUCGAGGAACCGGAAACGCUGCCGGACGAUGGCAUGGGGGUGCUCGCGCCGAUGGAUCGCUUCGUCGGGCGGUACCCUUUUCUGGGCGUGCACACGGGCAAAAAUCUACAUCUCAGCCAAAUCGUGGACACCGUGCUCGGGCUGCCCUUCCGGUACGAGCUGAAUUUGGCGAUCUACAAUUUCCUGCUGAAAAAUGCCAAACCAUCCGCCGGCGUACCAUCGCUCGCCAUGUCCACCAGCAUGAGCGGAACGGGAGUGGGGGAAAUGUCCCCAUUGGUGGGUAAUUUUGUCACCUUCUUCGGCUCACUAAUCGAUACUCUGCAGAUCGCACAGAGAACCACCCGAGGCCCCGGGGGCACGGGCUCGGCCGAUUUUAGUCUCACCGUUGGUCACUUUUUGUCCCGCGAAAUUUGCCCACUGGAUGCGGUGGAAAAUGGUGUUGUGCUGAAGCGCCGUGCUCGAUUUUACAGCAUGUCCGAGCGGGGAGAAGAACUGAAGCGGGCGGGAUCUAUCGACCGACAGCUUGGGCUGCUUACAGGCGCCAGCGGAUCGCCAUCGUUGGGCCGCACGAAGCAGUUCCUGGGACAUCUGGUGGACUUGGUCGAUACGUUGGAGAUACCUUCAACCGAGGGCGAUGGUAGACAGGUUAACGAGCUCAUCAAGAUGGACCUGCCGGGAAUCCUGCUGGAUGGUUUGUUUGGGCGCAAAAUGUCACUCCGGACGCUCGAUGCGAUGGCUUCGAAGCUGGGCGUCCAUCUGGUACAAAUCAUCGGACAGAAAAUACUCCGUACAACUGGUGAACCAGCGGAUGAAACCAACCACACAAACGUGGACGGUCUGUGGGACUUUAUUGCGAGUAAAAGUGACCUUUUGUUGCGUUUAUGUCAAACCCAGCGUGACGAAUUCGCCCCGCCGGAAGCAGACAUUUCGCAUUCACUAAUUCGGCAGUAUAAGAACCUUCGUAAUGCAACUCCCUCCGAGGGAUCACUUCCACUCAUUCGCUGCAAUCGAGCAGAAGGACAAAGUGGUGACAAAGACGAAUCUCAACACCUCUUCCCCCUUGAGGCUGCCUGUGCCUGUUGUCCCUUGAAGACGGGAAAAUGUGACGAUUCUCCCGUCCGACCGACAUCUCUCAGGUCGUGUUCGGAUGGUAAGGAUAUGGAAAGAAUAGCUCACGAGUUGUUGGCCAACGUUGACCGCUUUGCCAAUGCGAGCGAGUGGAUCAGCGCAUCGGAACAUCUCUUGACGGCGAUACGCGGGACAAUAUCCGCCCCGGUGCGUGCCCAGCUCCACGCGAAAGCGAACCAGCUUCGAACAUACCUGCAGAUCGGGAACAUCCUCCAGGCGCAGCUUCCUCCGGCGAUGGAAGGCGACGGUGGCUGGCGCGGCGUUCGAAGCUUUUCCGAGAGCAACAAGAGUGUCAUCCUACAGCAGCUCAUCGAAGGGGGCGAGUAUCGGGUGUGCAGCGAGUGGAUCAAGCUGCAUCCGAUCGAGGCGGAGCGCGAGCUGGAGAUGUUCAUGUACGCCGUGCACCGGGUGACGGCCGCUUCACCGACACCGGAGGCCGUACUCAUGCGUGGCAGCGAGACUCCGGCGGGACUACUGUUUGCCAUCAUCGAGACGAUGCCGGUGGAGGCGGUGGUUAAGCUGUAUGAAACGAUGAUGCUCAACAUUCGGAGCGUGCCGGUCGUGAGCUACAUGCUCGAGUAUUUGCAGCGCCACGGAGCCCGGAAGCCGUUGUACCAGAAGUACGCCAUCACGCUGCGCAUUUUCGAGUAUCUCGCGCGCGAUGAAUACGACGGGCUGUGGAACCUGGCCAGUCGCCCGCUGCUCAUCAUCGAACAGUGUCUCAUGAAUUCCCGUCUCGAACUGCUCGGUGCGGUGAUGCGGUCCGUUAGGCCACUGCUGGUGGAGGAACUAUGUCGGCCGUGCUACGAGCACCGGGAGUACAUUCGCGAUCUGCACGAACAGUUGCCCUCCGGGACGGCUCCGGUCGGUGCCACUCGUUUGAACCCGGUCCAUGACGGGCUGUUCAUCGGGCACGAGUGUGUGGACUGCCUGUUUCGAGUGUACGCAGGGAAGGCGCUCGAGUACAAGGUGUUCGCCGAGUCGCCGCUCCCGGCCGGGCUGGAGGAUGACGAGGCAGGCCAUGGGUGCCGGUUGAGUCGCGUAUCGAGCUACGAUUCGCUCAGCGAGAUCGCCCGUCCGUUCGUGAUACCGAAGGAAAUUCCACCGCGCGACCGUUGGGUGAAGGACGAGGACGCACUGCACUGCAUGUGCUGCCGGCGAACGUUUUCGAUGCUGAACCGGCGUCACCACUGUCGACGUUGUGGCCGCGUCGUGUGCCAUUCGUGCUCGAAGCGCAAGGAGCGCCUGUCGUCCGAAUUGUAUGAGGACGUUGCGGUGCGCGUUUGUGACGACUGCUGGCAGCACCUGGACAAGGAGCGGAACGAAGGGUGCGCCGGGGGGUCCACGGUGGGCGGACGACAGGUGGGAAGUGGGCCUCAUUCACUUACCGGCAGCCCCGAUGGUAGCGGCCAGUUCGAGUGGCAGCUGACGGGUAACGAGCGCUACGACAACGUGAUUCGCGAUGAGUACAGCUACGAGUAUGCGCCCUCCACCGGCCAGUGUCUGGCCAUCUGCAGCCUGCACACGGCGAACGAGGAGAUCGGUGCCUUCCUGCUGUACCACUGCGCCAAGCUGGAGGCGCUGCUGCGACCGCUGCAUCCCGGGUUUCCCAAUCCCGAGGUCGACUACGCGCUGGUGGCUCGCAUGCUGCUCAACCUGACGCUAGGCGUGAAGGUGCGUGGCGGUGGUGCCGAGGUGGAGAAGAUGAAGGAGCACGCCGAGAUCAUCCUCUCGAUCGUGCACGACAACUGCGAGUCGCUGCUGUUGCACACGGCCCCGCUGGGCAACCAUCACGGCAGCUUGAGGAAGCUGCGGGACGCACUGGUGAAGGCUGAAAAGUGGACGCUUGCCCUGGAGCUGUCGCUCAAAUGUGGCUUCUCGCUGAACGGCGUGAUGGCCGCCUGGGGCAUGACAUGCCUGCGGGCUGGCUGUUACGAGACGGCCCGGGAAAAGUUCUCCCACUGCCUGCCCCGCGUCGCCAGCGAUGCGGAGUGUGAAGCCGUCCUUCGGAUGAUCGAAACUCCGCCCGGGAUGGCCAAGACGGUGUCGUCGUCGUCGUCGUCGUCGUCGUCGGACGUGGCGAUCGUGAAGCGUCCAGCACGCUGUCCGCCGCUGCUGAACGAAGUUCUCUAUGCACUCUCGUGUACGGCUCGCCUCGAAGCACCUUCCCAGCGGGUGAUGGCCAGGGUACGGGCAGCUAAGCAGCAGUCAACCGGCUCCCCGGCAACACACGAACCAGCGUUAAACAUCCUCAGCACGCUCGCGAAUCUGCGUCACAUCUGUCAGGGCGAGUUCCGGGAGGUGGAUGGUGUGAUGGAGGAGCAACACACCUCGCUCAUGGACAGCCGGCUGUUCGAAGAAUCGAUGCACUAUCUGCUCGCGUACGGCUCACACCAGAGCGUGGUGGCGUUCCUGAUGCGCCACCAGCAGACGGAGGUGGCCGCCUUGCGCUACAUCUUGUGCCAGCGCGUCGAGCCGGACGUGUUCCUGCAGGCGGUACUGCUGCCAUACCUUCAGCGCGGUGCCCUCGAGACGAUCGUGCAGCGGCUUACCGAUCUCGACGAAACGCUGCUCCAGUGGCGCGACUACAUUCGCUACACUUGCCGCUACCUCGAGACGAACGACAUGCUCAACAGCCUGUACAACCUGCAGCUACUGCUGAAGGACCCGAUCCGGGCCAGCAUGACCUGCGUGCGCUUCUACAUUGCCGGCUGCCGCACGUUUACCGAGCUGCACGCGUCCGAGCAUCAUCUCAAGACGAGCAUUACGCAUUUGCAGAACGAGCUGGAGCUGUGUAACUGGCAGGAGGUUCGGCUAAACAGUACCGGUUCGGUCGUGGAAACCCAUCGAUCGCUGCUGAUGAAGCUGGAUCCGAAGGAGCUCAACAACCACAUCAAUACCAUACUGCUGCAGCUGGAGGUGACCAAGUUUCUGGCCAAGUGCGAAGCAAAGGGACGCCCAACGGUGACCGUGCUACCGAAGAUUUUCCGCGACACAACACAACUGCCAACACUGUUCGGCUCUAGUCAGGAGAAACUCCAGCUUGCCAUCCUCACCCUAGUUUGCGGACAGAAUGUGGAGGAAGCAUUCGGCCUGUCCUACAGAAUCGUACAGGACUACAACCUGGACGUGCAGAGAGUGUACGCGCUGACAGCCAAGUAUUUUAUCAACCACGCCAAAAUCGAGGACGUCGGCAAGCUGCUUGACGCGAUAGUAGGCAACAACGGGGUAGGCACGGCGACCGACUCGGUGGUGUCGGCGGUAUGUGACGAAAUCGUGCGCGUUUCGGUGGACUUGGCCAUCGAUCGGCACGGUGCCGGCGUCGACACAAAGGUUGCCCUCGAGGCGCUCAUCAGCCGGGCGAGGUCGGUGGGGGUGCGCAUCCACUGCUACAUCGUUUCCGGGCAGCUGAAGACGGCGUACUUGCUAGCGAAUCGGCACCAUCGGAUCAGCGACAUCCGUAAGGUUCUACGGCAGGCGGAACUGCUCGGUCAGACCCACGUGAAGCGUUUGUGCGAAGUGCGGCUGAAUCACCAGGAGGGAGGGACGACGGGAAGCCCGGCAGGAGAGGUCACACCGGGCGAAACGGAGCGGUAACGCUUCCAAGCUUGAGUACUCGAUUUUUUUCUGAGCUUUAUAAAGUGAUAUAUUGUAUAACGAUUUAAAGACAAAAUGUAC